UUACUUUUACACUAUUACACAUCAAAAUAUUAUGGUUAUUCUGGUUUCAACAAUACUUUAAACUUUAUUAUGAUUAUUCUGGUUUCAACAAUACUUUAAACUUUAUUACGAUUAUUCUGGUUUCAACAAUACUUUAAACUUUAUUAUGAUUAUUCUGGUUUCAACAAUACUUUAAACUUUAUUAUGAUUAUUCUGGUUUCAACAAUACUUCAAACUUUAUUAUGAGCAUUGGAAUAUUAAAUGAUUAUUGAAAGAUUCAAUUUUCAUUAAAAUAAUUUCAUGCUUUUUAAUCAUUGUAAUAUUUGAUUUUAAUUUUUUUUUUUUAAGAAAUUGUUAUUUAUAAGGCAGGAAUUUUUUAUUUAUUUUGCACCUAAGUUUGUCUUUGACUAUUUUUUAAUUGGUUCUAAUUAUGUAAGAAGGUAUAAAAUAUUUUGUUAAAGAUGUCAAAAGACAGCAUUGCAGAAAAUUUAGCAAAAUGUAGUUUAGAUGACACUGUUAUGAAAUUUGUUUGCUCUUGCAUACCUGGACUAGAACAUGUAGCUAUUGUUGAAUGUAAAGAAAAGUUAAAGGUAAAUGCUUCACUAGAUGUACGUGGUAGAAUUACCUUAAAUUUGAAAAAAGCUGAGGCUUGGAAACUUACAGAGCUUUGUUCUAUACACCACUACUGGGUUAUUGUUGAGGAGCGUAAAAAUUUUUUUACACCCUUUCAAGAGAACAGCAACAAUGAUGCUUUAUUUAAUGUUCUUUUAAAUCUCCCAGGUGAGUUAAAUUGGGAAAAUCCUCUAAGUAUUUGGAAACAGUUCAAAAGCAUUCUAAAGUGUACACAACCGGAAAAGGCAAAAGGUUAUCAGAUUAUUGAUCCUUUUAGUGCUGGUGACUCACUCUCAUUUCGAGUUACUGCUUCAAGGACUGGCAAACAUAGUUUUAGAUCAAUGGAUUCUGCUGCUUCUUUUGGUGCUGGUCUUAACAAUUAUUUAAAAUGGAAAGUAGAUUUAAAAGAUUUUGAUAUAGAAAUUUUGUUACAUAUACUCGACAGUGAUUUAAGCAUUGGCAUCCAAUUAACUAAGGAUAGUCAAUCAUUCAGAAAUAUUACACAUUUUGGUCUAACAACUCUUUCUGCUGGUUUUUGCUAUUGUCUGCUUCACUUAAUUAAUAUUAAACCUGGAGAUAUUAUCUGUGAUCCUAUGUGUGGAGGAGCAUCUAUUAGUAUUGAAGCUUCAUGUAGCAUGCCAUAUGUUUUCAACUUAGCUGGAGAUAAUCAUGAAAUUGCAAUUUGUCAUUCUAGAGAAAAUAUAUUUAAUUUAGAAAAUUUGAGGUCUGUUUCGCUUCCAAUAUCACUGGUGCAUUGGGAUGUUUGUCGGCUUCCUCUACGUACUUCAUCUGUCGAUCAUUUUGUUGUUGAUCUUCCAUUUGGUAAAAAAGUUGGGAGCAAAACAGAAAAUUUUGUUUUAUACCCAGCUGCUUUGAAUGAGACUGCUAGAGUUUGCGUUCCUAAUGGCACAGCUGUGUUCUUGACUUAUCAUAAACAAGCAAUGUGGAAAACAAUUCAAAAUAUUUCCUGGUGGACUUUUUCUAGGACACAUCAAGUUAACAUGGGUGGACUUAAUGUUUAUGUUUUUAUUUUAAGAAGAACAAAGUGCAUAUACCAUAAUGAAUAACUUUAUUUUAAGAAGAACAAAGUGCAUGUACCAUAAUGAAUAAUUUUUUAAAAAAGAAAAAAAAGUAUUUCAAUAAAAUUUUUAACUUUUCA